AGAAGGGGUCGUCCUUGGCACGGCAAUUUGCCAAUUAGAGAGGAACACGUGAAAUAGCUCUCCUACUUAAAGACACUUAAACGACACAACUGUGUCUUUACAUAAAAAUGACCAUAACUGUGAGUGGUAAAAUAAUAUAUACAAGUGUGAGUGAAAAAGACAAACAUGCACGCUUUGGUGAACGCCUUCAUGCGCUGUCUCUCCUUCCUCCUGCCUCCCUCCUGGCUUUGUGUCAGCUUUUGCUCGUGGGUUGGGAAUGAGUGCGAAGAGACGCCGCCGCGGUCCAAUCCCAGAGCUCGUUUCAAAAGCAGAAAGCCUCUUACAUAUGAGGAAGUAGCAGCCGUAGCAGCAGCAGCAGCAUUAGAAGCCCGAGGAGGCUCCAGCCCGUCGGUCUCUCCUGGUCCAGGCUGCGUCUCGCUGGCUGCUAAAACCCCCGCUGCUCCUCAGGGCCCUCAUUCGGGUCGGAUUUGGAUCGGGGGUCUCUGGCGAGCCGUGGAGCGCGUCUUUGGAGCCCCUUUGGUCCUUCUCCGCCAUCACUGGUGUCCUAAGAAGCAUCGAGCAGGUUUACGCACCCCGUAUCCUGUCUGUGCUUUCGAGUCGAGCAACACGCAAAGCUUCCAGAGAGGCGCUGCUGCUACAACCGAGGAAGAGAAGCGAGCGGACGGAGGAAGAGCCCUGACGUAUCCGGGGAACAUGAGCGGGUCCGUGGGGAUCCCUGAUCUGUCAGCGGAGCCGGGCAUCGACGAGGUAAUCACCGUGGAUCAGCUCACGCAGGAGAUGGGAACGGUGACGAUAACAGUGGCCAUUCAAGCGGCAGAGGACGAGGAGCCCGAGGAAGUGUCCUCCAAUAAUAUUGACUUCAUCGGAGGCAGCUGUAGCGAGGAUGAAAUCGGAAGACAUGACAAAUCAAGUGGAGCCGGGACCAGUGGAGGGGAGCUGGAGGAGGAGAGCUGGCAGCCCCCGGAUCAAGAGCUUAUCCAGAAGCUGGUCGCUCAGAUCGAGUACUAUCUGUCCGAUGAGAACCUGGAGCACGACGCCUUCCUGCUCAAACACGUCAGACGCAACAAACUGGGCUUUGUCAGCGUCAAGCUGCUCACUUCUUUCAAAAAGGUGAAACACUUGACUCGUGACUGGAGAACAACUGCGUACGCUCUGAGACACUCCAAGAUACUUGAGCUGAACGAUGAGGGCCGUAAGGUGCGGCGUAAAUCAACAGUGCCAGUCUUUGCAAGUGAGUCUCUGCCCAGCCGCAUGCUCCUGUUGAGUGAUCUACAGAGAUGGCCAGAGCUGGCUGCUCUCACUAAAGAAAACGGAGGCAAUGAAGGUGGAGCCACUCAGCAGGAGCAGCUCAUGAAGCUGCUGCUGAAAGCAUUUGGAACAUACGGCGCCAUAGCUUCUGUAAGAGUCCUAAAGCCUGGGAAGGACCUCCCAGCAGACCUGAAGAGGCUAAGCAGCCGUUACACCCAGCUUGGCACUGAAGAGUGUGCCAUUGUGGAAUUUGAGGAGGUGGAAGCUGCUGUUAAAGCCAAUGAAGCUGUGGGGAACGAGGACGGAGCAGCCAGUUCUCUGGGGUUGAAGGUAGUCCUGAUUGGUACCAAGCCACCCAAGAAGAAGGUACCUAAAGAGCGACCACGUGAGGAAGUAGGGAUGCGCAAAAGUCGCUCGCUUAACAGCAGGGUGAGAGAGCUGCAGUACCACGGGGACGACUCAGCCUGCAGCUCCUCAGAGACUGAGAGCAACCCCACGUCCCCGCGACUGGCCAGGAAGUCUCAGUCCUGCAACAAGCUUAGUCCAACCACUGCAGGCAUCUGCUUCCAGAAUAAUCACCUGAGCCCAGGUAUGUCCCCGCGAAACAGUCCCUGGUCCAGCCCUCGUGCCAGUCCCUGCCCUCAGCGCAAAUCUCCUCACUCCCACAAGUCUCCGUUAGCCAGCGAGGGCAGGCUGAGCCCGGAGCCUGGCCGCCGCUGGGCAGACUACUCCUCGGACAGUAGCCUCACUCCUUCAGGGAGCCCGUGGGUUCAGCGUCGUAAACAGGUGGCCUCUCAGGAGAGCAGUCCGGUCGGCAGCCCCAUGCUGGGUCGAAAAAUCCAGAAUGCCGACGGUCUACCUCCGGGCGUAACAAGGCUGCCGAGGGGUCCUGAUGGAACCCGCGGUUUUCACUGUGUCACUGUUGGUGAGAGAGGGAAGACCGCUGCCACUCAGACUUGAUAUUCGAGCAGCUUUAUGCAUCCCCAGAAGAGAAGUGAUGGAUUGGAUAUUUGAGCUGUACUUGGCCGUGUCGCUCAGCCCCCACCCAGCAUUUGAGACUGUGUAGAUAUAAUUUUGUUGAGUGCAUCAGUUCUCAGUCUUUGUUAUAUUUUUAUACAACAUUUUCAGUUACCAUGGUAACAUAGGUGAUUUACCAAUGUAAAUUUGAGUGAAUGUAAAUGGAUAUUGCUUUGAAAUGGACCAUGUCCUCUGUUCGACUGUUAUCUAGUCUUGUUUAACAUGGGGCGGGCUGGAGAGGGAAUUCCACUCUUAUUUUAAUUAAAGUGUCCUCUGUCUUGUGUGUAAGAGCUCACAACAUUGUCUGUCUGUGGAUGGUGUGUAAAUGUGUUUGUGGUGUAAGUGGCGUAGGCACAUGGGCCCGAUAGAGAUAUCACCAUAUGCCUUUUCUGUAUUUGUCUACUGUGAGCAGUAUUUUUACAUGCUAUUUAAACUGAGGCCAUAAUCGCUCCACUGUCAUUAAGGUUAGACGGUCGGACUUGGACAUGUUUUUUUAGUUUUUUAUUUUGCCUUUUUUAAUUUCAGUGUUUUCAGUAUGCUUUGGCACUUUGUGGGAAGGGGUCUCUUUAGCCCUGUAAAUGUUUAUUUGUUCAGCAGAUGUCUGCUUUAUUUAUUUUUUAGCUUCUUUAGUUUUUUUUUGGCAUAUCUGUUUCCAUCAGUCAGCGCUCACAGUGAGGUUUGAGGGAUCAGGUCAGGCAGUAUGAAUGCUCGUAUGUUCUUGCCUUUACAUCUGAGCUGGGGUAUUUGUACAGUGAAAUUCUUAUUGUACAAAUAAAUCACUAAA